GAUAGCAUCCUACUGGUUUUCAGCAUCAUCUCAUUUCUACCCCAGCUGAAACUCCUCUGGACGAGAAAGGAUAGCUCGGGUCUUUCGCUCUGCUAUUUAUCCUUAAACUUGAUCUGUGCCACCGAGCAGUUUCUCCUAGGUUUAUUGUACAACAACACCCCAGAUGGAAGAUCGGACAUGUUUCUCGAGCAUCCUAGAUCCAUUGGAGAUUGGGUCAAUUUCAUUCACUUAACAGUGGUCUGGAUGCUUUACCACCUCACCUUUACACUAUGUUUAAAAUAUUCCUCCCACUUAUCGCUCCGCCAAAAGUCCUGCCACGCAUUGCCAUAUAUCGGUUUCUUAUUCGUGUCCAUUAUUCCGGCAGUCUUGAUGGUCUUGAUCACAAACAGAAAACAAUGUCCCCACGACAGGCAAGAUGAAUUUCUGUUCGCCUUGCUGAGUGGUGUCCAUUUCAUGUUACUAAAUCCAUUCACGACACUCCUUACUCUGGGCUCAGUGUUCUGUCAGGCAGCAAAGCUCAGGAAAGGUCAGCCGCCUCAGCGAGCAUUGAGUCCAGUAGGACUUGCGGCACAAGCAGGAGUGUUCUCAGUUCUGGCUAUCACUUGGCCUUUGCGGGUGACAUAUCUCGGCUCUAGUUGGGAUAUCUACGCAUCAUGGUUUACGAUCUAUAACUGGUAUAUCUUCGUCGGUUGGCCGGCCGUGGACAAUGGGGUCUUUGCUCUAGUCCAGGCAUCUCUGUUGUGGCUGGCAUGGAAAAAUCAGCAUUGCCAGUUGACUCCGUUAGAUGAGAACGAGCCGCUACUUGCGGGUAGUGAUAACGUCUAA